AAAUUCCUCAUUGGAACUUGAAAUAGAGAUUUAUCUUUCUUAAUACAUGAUACUCAUUUAUCAUCCGGCUUUAAGUGUAGUCGAUUUGAUAUAUUCGAGUGAUAACUCUUAUAGAAGAAAGAUAGCUGUGCAAUUUAAUACAUUUCAGUCAUUCUAGUAAGGAAUUGAAUUUUCUGUUUAUUGAAAAUGACUUUGCAAUCUAUAAAAUGGGAAAAUGGCAAACUAGAAAUACUCGAUCAGCUUUUGUUGCCAGCUCAAUCAAAAUACAUUGAAAUUACAGGAGUUAAAGAUGGUUGGACUGCAAUUCAUAGAAUGCAGGUUCGAGGUGCUCCAGCUAUUGCAAUUGUCGGAUGUCUUAGCCUAGCUGUUGAAAUUUUCCCCAAAUCAUACGACAAGAAAGAAGUUCUUAUUCAAGAAAUUGGAGAAAAAUUGGAUUAUCUUGUUUCUGCAAGACCAACAGCUGUAAAUAUUAAUCUUGCAGCAAACGAACUUAAACAAUUAAUGCUGACAUUAAGUAACGAAAAUGCUACACCCGCUCUUAUUAAAGAAAAAAUUAUUUCAAGAAUAACAUCAAUGUUAAAAGAAGAUAUUGCAGAUAACAAAGCAAUAGGUGAACAUGGUGCCAAAGAGAUAAUAAAAAAUCAAAAUAAUAAAUCUGUUACGAUACUCACUCACUGCAAUACUGGAAGCUUAGCUACUGCUGGAUAUGGUACAGCUUUAGGAAUUAUUCGCUCUCUUUAUAACAAUGGAAACUUAGAACACGUAUACUGUACAGAAACAAGGCCAUAUAACCAAGGAGCUAGGUUAACUGCCUACGAGUUGGUACACGAUAGAAUUCCAAGUACCCUCAUAUGUGAUGAUAUGGUUGGAUCACUUAUGAAAACUAAAAACAUAUCAGCUGUUGUUAUUGGAGCAGAUAGAAUAGUUGCUAAUGGAGAUACUGCUAAUAAAAUUGGAACAUAUCAAAUUGCAAUUUUGGCGAAAUAUCAUAGUGUUCCAUUUUAUAUUGCUGCUCCAUUUACUACAAUUGAUUUUUCAUUAUGUCAUGGUGAUGAAAUUAAAAUAGAAGAAAGACCUCAAAAUGAGCUUACGGAAAUUAAUGGUGUUAGAAUUGCUGCUGAAAACAUACAAUGUUGGAACCCAUCAUUCGAUGUCACACCAGCUGAUUUGAUUUCAGGGAUCAUUACAGAAAAAGGAGUAUUUAAACCGAGCGAACUCGUUACUUUGAAGAAAUAAUAUAUUUAUACAGAAUAUAUAAAAUUAUUAAAUAU